UGCAUUUUCUCCACCAUCACAUUGACUUAUUCCGGGUCGUUGUAAUAAGACGCAAGUCAGUGUGUUUUUUGAGAAAAAAUAACUCAAAAUAUUUUUAAGUGUUUUUUAACAUAAAAUUGAUGGGGGUUUUAAGAAUUUUUAUUGACAAACAAAUGUUUAUGGAGUUUUGGUCAAUAAUUUAUUGUUAAGUUUUUAGUUUGUUUUAUUUAUAUUUGAGAGAGAGAGAAGAAAGAGAGAGUGAUUUUCUGUGUGAAAAUGUCAUCAGAAAGUGAAAAAACAUGUGAAGAGAUUAUUUCACCGCCUAUAAAUGAUGAGAAGUUGACUGAAGCAGUCGAAGAGGAUGAAGUCAACAACAGUGAAGGAAUUGACCUUGGAGUCGGUAACUUUGUUAAAACCGUAACACCAUGUCCAUUACGAGCACCGCUUGUCGUUUCAAUCGUUGGACUACCAUGUCGCGGCAAAUCAUUUGCUGCCCACAAAAUCGCCCGUCAUCUUAGCUGGAAGGGUGAAUUGGCUAAAGUUUUCCCAGUGGAACAAAACGCUACCUCAGAAACUUUAAAUGAUAUCUCAAAUUGGUUUCUCGACGGCAAUAAUGUUGCUAUUAUUGAUGGCAUGCAUUUGAGUCGUCAAUCACGCCAAUUAGUUUCCAAUUUUUGUAAUGACCGCAUCUACCAUCAUUUAAUUGUUGAAAUCGAUUGUGAUGAUAAAAGUCUCGAAUCAAAUAUUAAAGAGAUGGUACGUUAUUUUGAAAGAACAAAUAAUCGCAGCAUAGAUUGGAAAAAGAUAUUUAUCGAAAAGGUUCGUGACUGUACACCAUUGUUCGAAAAAUGCCUUCCACUUGAAAGUCCUUUAAUCACUGUCAAUAAUUCGGAAAAUCCUUACUUGCAUUCGGUGAUGUCACGUGGAGUGCAAGGAGCCUUACAAACAUCAAUUUUGGGUGUUCUUUCACAUCCGGUGAUAAGAGAACAACUUUUUUACUUUAGUCGACACGGUGAAUCUGAUUACAAUGUGGUUGGAAGGAUCGGUGGCAAUGCGGAUUUGUCAUCGCGUGGCUGGAAAUAUGCAGAACGUUUGACUCGUUUGUUUAAGGAAAAUCAAUUGACCCUUCCCGGUCCUCAAUUGAUUUGGACUUCAGAAUUCAUCCGAACUAUUCAUACGGUUCGUGAUAUUCCUGGACCUAGAGCUGCUGUUAACGAUUUAAAUGAAAUUAAUGCUGGUAUUUGUGAAGGACUUACUUAUGAAGAGAUUCAAGAAAAAUUCCCACAAGAAUUUGCUUGGCGCGAUCAAGAUAAAUUCAAAUAUCGCUACCCUCAUGGCGAAUCAUAUUUGGAUUUGUUGCAGCGUGUCGAUAGUGUCAUUCAGGGAUUGCUCACCAAAACUCAAGUUUUGGUUGUUUCCCAUCAAGCAGUUUUGAGAUGUGUGAUGGCGUAUUUUAAUGGCACUAAGCCAGAUCAAGUUCCCUAUAUCAAUGUUCCAUUACAUACACUUCUGGUCGUGCGCACAAAUGGUUUUAACUUUGAAGUCGAAGAGAUUCCUCUUCAUGUCGAAUGUGUUGACACAUAUCGUGUUAAACCUAAGAACUGCAAUAUAGAACGUACAAGUUCAGAUGCCCUUGGUACAGUGCCCGCUCACUUUGAUGCACCUCUGCCAAAAGUUACUCAGGGUCUUACAAGUCGUUAAGGAAAAAUUAUAAAAAAAAAAAAACAACAAGUAGCAAAACAGCACAACAAUCAUCCAUCAUCAUCAUGCAACAAAUUAAAUACGGAAUACAACAAUAACAACAACAAAUAUUAAUACUAAAAUAUAUCUUUUAGAAAAAAAACUACAAUAUUGGUCUCAAACGAAAAUCAUUUAAAUAUUUAGUUUUUUUCGGUAAUUCAUCUCUGUUCACAUUUUAAACUUUUUUUUUAUUUAUUCAAAAACAAAAGAUGUUAUGAUAAUUUUUUUUACAAACAAAAACAUAUUUUAUAAGUUUUAAACCUAAACACAGUAGACACUAGAAAUUGCAUGAACAUUUUAGAGAAAACCUUAAAUUUAAAAAAAAAAACUUUUAAAAAAACCUUAUGCAAAAAGCAUAUUAUUUAAAAACACAAAAUAAUAAAAAAAAAACUAAAAAAUUUUAAUCCCUCGAAAAUCACCUGAAACGGUACGAAAUAAAAUUAAUACAUAUACAUUUAUGUAUGUGUAUCAUGACAAAUAAUUUUUUAAAUGUUCAUUAAUUCAAGAGUCUACUGUAUCUUAUAAGCAAUUUUAUUAUCUAUUGCAAAACAAUACAAAAAAAAAAACAAAAAAUAGUAAAA